UCAGUUGCAAGAAUUUUUUACGUCGCUUGGUUGUGUGCGACGGUUGUUUCGGCGUAAAGGAAUACUGUGGGCAUUUUUAAAAUGCUGUGCUCUUUGAAAAUCUAAAUUCUUUAAUAAUUUAAUUACUUAAUAAAGCAAUGCAAUCUAACACAAAGUCUAUCAAUAAGCAAUAACAAUAAGCAACAUCUAUUUGGUCUGCGGUCGUGCGUACGCGGGUGAAAAGUGAAAUUAGUUACUAUUGGACAUUUAAUUGUGUUCGUGCUACACUCAGUAACGAAAGAAACUUAGCCGUGGGCGGGGGAGGGCCUUCCUAAACAAACACGAAACUGGCUCAAAACGACAAGCUAACAUUCUUCCUUAAGAACAUGGAGGAAGAGGAGGAGGAAGUGACAGACCUGAAGCUGCAACUGUUCCACAAUACAGUGAGGGAGCACAUUAUAUUCUUGUUGCUCAUCAUUCUACUGUACUUUAGCUCGUAUGUGGUCGUCUCGCGUUUCCGUCGUCGCGACCGCGACGAUCUCUAUUCAAAUGACGAGGACGAGGUGCUGGUCUAUCGGAUAAGCUUUUGGCUCUGCACCUUCACACUGGCAGUCGCCGAGGGCGCUGCCAUGCUGCUGCCGGUGUCCAUAGCGAGUAACGAGGUGCUGCUGCUGUAUCCCAACAGCUAUUACGUCAAAUGGUUGAAUAGCUCUCUAAUACAAGGGCUGUGGAAUCAUGUGUUCCUUUUCUCCAAUCUAUCGCUGUUCGUCUUUCUACCAUUUGUUUAUCUUUUCUCCGAAUCGACCGGCUUCGUGGGCCACAAGAAGGGCAUCCUGGCGCGAGUCUACGAGACCUUUACAGUAUUUAUAUUGAUGGCUAUCAUUGUACUAGUUCUGACUGCCGUGCUCAGCGCAGUGUUUGGCAUUGAAAAGUUCCAGUUCUUUUGGUUUCUAAAUUUGGGCAGUGUUCACCUGCCGUUCCUUUAUUCAUGUGUCUCAUUUCUAGGCGUAAUGCUAAUGCUGAUUUGUACACCUUACGGAUUUGUGCGACUGUUUGGCGUUGUCAACCAGGUGCUGGUUAGGCCCAUGCUGCUGCGAGACGUGAACGAGGAGUUCAGUGCCUUCUAUAUGGAGGAGGCUAGCGUUAAGCGCAAGCUGGCCUACAUUGACCUUCACAAUGUGAGCAUAUCGGAUGCUAAACGGGGCAGUCGCUUUACAAAUGGCAACGGGCGUACACACAGCUAUCUGCCACAGCCGCUGCUGCAACAUUCGCUGGCGCAUUUGUACCAACGCAAAUCGCUUGUCGGGAAUGUCGAUGAGCAACACCAACUGCUAAACGAAAGACUGAAAGAGCUAUACAGUGAGCGAAAGGAGUUGGACAAGCUGCGCAAGUCGAGCACUUUUCAACGCACCUUCGUCUAUCCGCUUGCCAUGCUGCUGUUACUGUUUUGUACAGCCGUAACCAUACUGCUGGUCGUGCAAAACACACUGGAGCUGCUCAUAGGCAUUAAGGCGCUGCCGCUGAGCACAAGGCAAUUUACGCUUGGCAUUUCAUCGCUAUCGAAGCUUGGACCGGUUGGCGCCGCCAUGGAAGUGUGUCUCAUAUUUUAUCUAGGCGCCACCUCGGUGGUGGGUUUUUACAGCAUGCCCUUCAUGAAUAAUGUGAGGCCCAAACGGCGACAGACUUCGCUGCCUCAGCUGAUGUUAAACUGUGGCUUCAUGCUGGUUUUGUCCUCUGCGCUGCCACUGCUAAGCAGGAUCAUAGGUAUUACCAACUUUGAUCUGCUGGGUGACUUUGGAGCCAUCGAGUGGCUCGGUAAUUUUCAGAUUGUCCUGCUGUACAAUCUAGUAUUUGGCACAACGACAGCGCUGUGUUUGGCCAAUAAAUUUACGGCGACGGUGCGACGAGAGCUUCGUGCACGGUUAGUCGAGAACUAUGUGCUCUUUACUAACUACAUGAGCUUCAUCAACUGAUAUUUAAGACAGCGACGCGACAAAGCCUUGCCAUGCCAGCGCCAACGUUACGCUGACCAGCUGCUCAGGCGCUUUGUCGAGUCGCCCUUUACGAGUCUAACUAGUUUAUAUGCCAAGUACUACGAUCUUAGUCGUAAGAGUAGUCGAAAUACCACCGCUAGUCGUCAGGCAGACAAGAUGGACUGUUAAGAGAGGAAUGUGGAGGUGCAGCUUCCGACAUGAAUUUAAACUACUUUAUACAGAACUGAUAUUGAUAUUUAAAUGUUGCGCUGUUUAUUGUUGUGCUUAAUUGUUGUAGUUUAUAGUGUACGCACAGCAUUUAAACUGCAUUUCCGCUUUGUGCGUGUAGACACCCCCACCCCCACACCCACACACACACACACUCACAGGCAAAUGGAAGCUACAGUUACGUUCUAAGAUUUACAUUUGUGAACAUCUAUCAAAUCUAUUUUGUAUACAAACAUUGUGUGCAACAUAAACUGCUGUCAACAGAUUAGGUUUAGGCUAAAUUGUAGGUGUUUUUAAAAUUUUAUUAGUCUGAGUCUAUAGUCAAUGUCGAUAUGUUUAUUCGAUAUCCAUUUCAUGCAUAUUUUUACAAUAAUUCUCGUAUUUGUACUAAUUUAAAGCAAGAAUUUUAACGCA